AAUAAAAACAUAUUAAGCUAAAGACUUACACCGGAUGCCGAUACUGUUAUAUUACGCAAACACGCGCUUUUAAUUUUUGCGUUUGACUCCGGAACAAAAACAAAAGUUGGCGUUCGCUCCCGCUUUCGAGGUAGCGACGUCCCGUUACCAUAGCAAUGGACAGAAUCAAUUGGGAGAACACGCUUGUCAAUCUGCAGGCAUUUGCUCGCGGAUACUUGGUAAGAAACGAAGUUCGUCGUGCCAGAAACGACUUCGAAGACAUUGUCCAAGAAAUUGAUGGAGGCUUGUCCCAUUUACAGUGGAGAGACACGGUCAUAGCUAUUCCCCACUUCACAGACACUCACGGCCCAUUUCUAAGAGUCAGCAGCUCAACCAGCAGUCCUUCAGAACCAGGACUACACGUCAGCGUCACUCAGAACUCAUCAGGAGGAACAGACACGUGUUUACCACAAGAGAGGGAAGGCGAUCGGGGUGUCCUGCUACAGAGGAUAGAAGCUGAGAGAGAUGAGCCGCAGACCGGUGACCACGACUGUGACUCCAGGGCCGGGUGCUCCAACAACAGUGUUGAAGAUGCUCAGAGACAGAGGGGUUUGAGGGAACAGCAGGACGAUAAUGACGGCGGGGCGAUGGAGAGCGUAGCAGACUCCACCUCAGUGUGGAGCAGUUUGAACCUGGACAUGAACUGCAGCCACUCUCAAAAAGGCUCACAGCAGUUCUGCUUAGCUCAGGAGGUGCCGCGGACGUCAGAGGCGCUCCGUGCACACAGAAAAUGCCUGACUAUGGAGCUGGUGUGGCUCCAACAGGCCAUCGACAGCAGGAAAAAGUACUUGUCACUGAGGGACAGGCUAAGCAUCACCUGACAGCGGACGUAAUAAAGUGCACAUUUGUUGAGAAAAGUUCUUGUGUUUUUUUUGUUAAUGUAAAAAUAAAUGGUAUUUUUCUAAAGUA